AUGCAGCUUAAGAACCUUGCUCUCGCCGCCUCCGUGGCUGCUACCGCCGCCGCUGCCCCGGCCCCUGCCGCUGAUGCUCCUCAGUUCUUCGGCGUCAUCGCUAUCCACUCCGGCAGCGGUGUCCAAAACGCUGGCUUCAGCGCCGCCAAGGGCAGCCUCAUCGCUGGCCUCCAGGACAAGGGCUCCAGCUGCCAAUCCACCUCUUUCUACAUCAGCGAUGGUGUCCUCAACAUCUACGACGACACCGCUCGCCCCCAGGAGCUCUACGUCGACCGCUCCGGCAUGGGCCAGGGCAAGAUUGGUUACACCGUCGGAGUCCAGCCCGCCCCCAAGAACUCCGAGCGCAAGGGCUGGGCCGUCAAGGAUGGUCACCUCCAGUUCGACGGCAGCGACUUCAUCGCCUGCCCCAGCACCGACGGCUACAGCAUCUGGGCCUCUGCUGGUGUCUCCAACCCCGGCGGCAACAAGGACUGCGUUGGCAUUGCUGCUCACGUUGUUGAGACCAAGGAGCCCCAGCCCUGCUGGGCUGACUAA